CUCUGCAACAUUCUGCUACAACUACCGGUCUAUCUCCCUCUUCUCUUUACUUUACCCAUCCCUCUGCCCCUGCCCAUUAGCUUUUCAACAACACUACACCACCCAUAUCUCCCUUUUUUCCAUUAGGGUUACUAUAAAAGGAAAGACUAUCCAGCAAUGGACAUUGAGUUUCUGAAGUCCAUUUCCGAGGACCAAACGGAGAUGAUGAUGAUGAUGCAGCUCGAAAAGCUCCCGGAUUUCUGUGGUAUCUAUGCUGAUGAUCAGACCCCAUCAACUGAGUUCACCGAUCAAGGAAGUAGCAGCUCCACCAAUCUGAAUGCUAAUAUGUCGCAUUUGAUGGAAGACUCUCAUUUUGGUUCACCAACGUUCAUGAACCCAUCGACAACCAUUUCGUUCACCUCCCCGACACAACCCCCAGGUGGUGAGAUGCAGUUUUUGUCAAGUUCGCGCUGGAGGAGUGGUGUUGAUGGAGAAAGUCAGUCGACGGUUGAGCAGAAGCGGAAUUCAAUGGCGGCGAUGAGGGAAAUGAUAUUUCGUAUAGCAGCGAUGCAACCGAUCCACAUUGAUCCAGAAUCCGUCAAACCACCCAAGCGAAGGAACGUGAAGAUAUCGAAGGAUCCGCAGAGUGUGGCAGCUAGGCAUCGAAGAGAAAGGAUUAGUGAGAGGAUUAGGAUACUACAAAGACUUGUACCAGGCGGUACCAAGAUGGAUACAGCAUCCAUGCUGGAUGAAGCCAUUCAUUAUGUGAAGUUCUUGAAGAAUCAGGUGCAGUCACUGGAGAAAGCCAGCGAGAACCGCCCUGCCACCACAGCUGGGAUAGGUUUUCCGGUGCCAAUGUCAAGUGGGAAUUACAUUUCCAUGGGAACAUCAGCGAAAGGUUAUCAGCAAUCGGCACAAAAUGUUCAGAACUAUUUAGGUGCCUAGAUGAAAAGAGAAUUAUUUCUGGGUAUAAAAUGGAACAAGAGGGUUGGUUUUUUCUUUCCUUUUUUAACAUUAAGAAAAAUCAUAGAGACAUGAAAUCUUAGGAUUUGGAAUCCAUGCAAGUUGUACUAUCCUUAUAAAAUAAUCACUCCCUUCUCUCA